AUGUCGCGCGGCCGGAGAAGACUCCUUCGUGGGAGUCGCAGACCUGGCAGCGGUGGGUUGUGCCAAGCAUUCGGCGGCAUCCCAACCCAGCCGCCCUCGACAUCAUUGCCGAUCACAGGGGUGCCAAUCAUUGCGGCACGCGAGAAAGAAGCCAUCGACGCCUUUCGACCGGUGAAGCUGCGAAAAGAUAUGGAUGUCGGUUGCGGCGCUGUGGGGAAUGUAAGGGGCACAGCGGUGCCACGAUGCAAACUCGGCAACCGCCAGGCCUAG